UAAAUUUAUCGGACAAUUUUCUUGAAACGAGGGUCUUUUUACUUUAAGAUUCAGCUUUUGUAGUGUGUAAGUAAGAACAAAAAGCCUCAUCUCAUCAACAAAUCUUCAGAAAAUGUUCGUUCUUGUGUCAGAGCGUCUUAUGCUCGUCCACGUUUACCUGCUGCUUCACCGCUCGGCUUUAGGCUGCACCCAGUAAGACCAGAUUGAGUCUGUGCCAAGCAUUAGCCGACCGACCGACCGACCAAUGAAUGACAGGAGCUUUAAAGGAACCACUAGAGGGAAAACAGAAAUACGUUGGGGUAAUAUUUUUUUCCAUAUACCCUGCUCUCAUCCUUGCAGGAUUCAUUUCAGCGCGAACUUUAACAGUCUGUGAGCCUGAGAAAGGAGCAAUACGUGGGUGCAGCGAGAGCAGCUUGCCGCCAUCUUCAAACUCCUGAAAGACAACAAGGAGACUUUUGGAGACGUGUCUGAGGGAGACUUGGAGGAGCAGCUCCGACUUUACUCCAUCUAAGACUCAUUCUCAUACGCUCCUGAUCCAAACCACCACAGGGACAAAUCCAACACCAAAUAUGUCAACGUUUGCAGUAUUCAGCACAAAAGCUGCACCUGAUUGGGUUUAAAUUUCUCCUCCUCUGCACACUUAGCCUGUAAAUAUGCAACAGAGGCGGUACCUUUUGUCUGUCUGUAUUAAACAUGUCUACAUCACCUCUCUUUUGUUGUGUAAGAAGCCAGAUUAUUGUGUUUUAUUGUGUGAGUAAACGGUACAGAAGCCCUGCCCACUCACGUCUGUGUCAAAGUAUCAGAUGCUCCUGUUUGCUCUUCAUCUCUGAACUCUUUGUUUGACUAAUGACGCCUAUCAGCGAUGAAUUAGGACGCUCGCCGCUUAUAAAAUACUUCACAUAUCAUCGUAGCUGGUGUAAAGCUCCGUGGUUGAUCAGCAGUUUUGUAUUUGUUCGGACAGAGAACUUAUUCCAGAUGGCAUUUAGAAGUGCCAGCUUUUUUUCUUUUCUUGUGUUGAUAUCGUUCAGCGUCUCUGUCUUAAUUUUUUCUAUGGAAUAUUUGGAAAAAGUUACCAGAUCCAGAGGACAUGGUGGCUUGUUUGGCAGUGAUUUCAUAUGGCAGGAGAAAAGAACCUCGUCUCGACACGUGUUUACCUCAGCAAGUCAGACAAAAACUGCUUACAAAGGGAGCUUAGGGAUACUGAAUGUGGUCAAAAAGACUCCACAGGCAGAGACUCCCAUUCCCAUCAUCUACAAAAACUCCUUCAACAAACUUCCACUGUGGGAUUUUGAAGAUGUCUAUAACCAGGACGCCCCACCUAGACUGACAACAUGCGCCCAGUCUCUGAGAAACUCCAAAGACGAGGCCUUCCAAAAGGCUUUCCUCCCCAACAUAAGUCUGUUUCUGCACAAGGACAGUAUCAACAUGAGCGAGUGGAACAGACUGUCUCAUUUUAACAAUCCCUUUGGUUUUAUGGAGUACAAGUAUGAUGAUGUAAUGGCUUCUUUGAAGCUGAUUCCAAAACCAAAGGAGCCGCUGCUUUCUCCAAAACCAGAAUCUGAAGGCUGUGUGAGAUGUGCUGUGGUGGGCAACGGAGGAAUCCUCAACGGCUCAAAAAUGGGAGCUGAGAUUGAUGCUCAUGAUUAUGUUUUUAGGAUGAACGCUGCAGUCAUCAAAGGUUAUGAGGAAGAUGUUGGAAACAGAACAUCUGUGUACGUGCACACGGCCCACUCCAUCACCGCAUCUCUGCGCUUUUUCCAGAAGUAUGGAUACACGGCAGCCCCACAUGAUCAGAAUAUAAAAUAUGUGAUGAUCCCGGAGGGAAUGAGGGAUUUCCAGUGGCUUGAAGGACUUCUCAAAGGAGAACAAGUCUCUUGUGGAAAGAAUUGUAGCAGAGACCCAAGGACUUAUUACUCAGGACAGUACAAUGAGAGCCGCUUCUACGUUCUGCACCAGGAUUUCCUCCGAUAUGUACGGAACAGAUUCUUACCUUCAAAGACUCUAAAUGAUUCGUUCUGGACGAUUUUCAGACCAACUAAUGGCGCCUUUACUCUCUUUCUGGCUCUGCAUACAUGUGAUACAGUGAGCGCAUAUGGAUUCAUGACUGAAGACUACAGUGAAUACCCCAACUACUAUGUAGAAAGAGAGACGAAAACCGAGGUGGUUUUCUUCAUCAACCAUGACUACAUUCUGGAGAAAGACUUGUGGAAGAGCCUCCAUGAGAGGAAAAUAAUUAAGCUGUAUCAAAGGUCUCACGAAGGGAAAGAAAAGCGGAAAAAGUGACGGCACCAAUCUGUGUCACUCAAAUAGAAGGUUAACAAUUUGAGGAUCUGCUCUGAAAUGUUAUUUGAAAAUGCUGCAAAAGAACGGACAAAUAGUCAACAUGUCUCACAUGCAAACUGAAGUAAAACAUAGGUUUAAAAAAUGUGACAAUAUAAUAAAAUAUGAACAAAUGAUACACUUUCUAUUUUCGAUAACUUUUAUUUUGGCUAUCAAAUCACUGUGGGUAAUUAUUUCACCUAAGUGUUCUAAAAAACGAUUAUUUCCAGGAUAUUAGACCAGGCUUCACACUGAGUAGGUAGAAAUAUGAAAGCUCAUAGAAUACUUUUUCCUUUGUGUUUAUUGGAUUAUUAUUUAAGACACUUUGAUAAGAAUUGUAGUUGUUUUUUUUUUCUUUUUUUUUAUCAAGAAAGACGAGUGCCUUGGCUCAAAACAGGUUGAAAAACACUGAUCAACCAAACCAAAGUGUUACUUAUGCAGAAAACUUGCAAAGUUUCAGUUUACAAGAAUUCCCAAAACAUCCUCCUUAGACACUUUUUAUGUAUAAUUUUAAAUUAAAUAUAUGCCAGUGUAAUUUCAUUUCAAAUAUUGCAAUUUGGCAAAGCUGAAAAAUAUGCUAAACAUAGAAAAUCUAUUUUGUUUUUUAGAAAAUAUUAAAUAUCGAACUGGUUUAUUUAUAAUUUGCUAUAUUUAAGUUCUAAACCACAUGUUUGAUCCACUUCCACAUAAUCUAUACAUGGAGAACUCACUUUUUCUGACUUUAAAAAGUUUUCAAACUAAACGUGUUUCCUCAUUUGACUGAAGAUGUUGUCCAAAACCUGCUCUUGUCUUAAAACAUCCCUUUCUUUGUGUAUAUUUUUAAGACUUUUAUGGUUUUAAUUUGCACUAACAAACUGUUUUCUCCUCCCUGUGUCCUGGUUAAACCUGGUUAAAAUAAAAGUUGUUUUUUUUCAGUUUUUUUUUUUUUCUUCUUCUUUUUUAAAUUGACAAGUGAAUGAUAAGACUUCUGACAUCAAAUGACUUGAAGGAAAAUAGAACAUAUUUUAUUGUUCCACUAAUUUUCUAAAUAAAUGCAAGUUUCAAUCAAAGUAUAUUUUGCAGUAAUCCUUUGUAUUAAAAUUUUCUCAGCAUAGGGGAAGGUAAAAAUAUAAAGCAGGUAAAUGUAUAUUAUUUUCCUUAACUAUUACAUAGAUUAAUCACUAAUAUAAGAGUUACGUAAAGGAUUUGUACCAUAUCUGGCUGGCUUCCUGUUAACCUCUCCUUCAUGGUUUUUGUGUUUGUAAUUCUCAUGGCAAACAGGAGCCAUUAGUAAAUUUAUUUUAGUCUAAUCGGAAUUGUUUGGCAGGGAUGAAUAAAAAAGUUAAUAUAUAUAUAUUUCUGAGAGCAUUUGUGACCUUCCUUAGACAGGUGUCAGUUAUCUGUGUAUGAAUGAACAGCUAUAUCUAAUUAUUAUAGAUGGUAGUUCAAACAAGCUGAUCAAACAAAUAGACAAAAAGAAAGUAUUAAUCACCAUUUGUUCUCUUUUGUCAUUUUAAUGCUUUUAUGCAUGUGGAGAAGAAUUAGAUGAGUAAUUUAAUGUUAACUUCAAUGUUUUGACAAUAAAAAUUUAUUUACCAAAUUUGUUCAUGGAGCUUAUUGAAAAUUAUGACACAUUUUCCCAUGAUCUACAGAAAAUCCGUUAAAAAACUAAAGUUUUGUUUUGUGUUCUUGACAGUCACUCAGAAUUUACGUUUGUGUUUGUAAUCAAGAAUAUUCGUUAUUUCUUAUUAUGUUUUUAUUCAAUAUAUUGAAUCAAGGCAGCACAGAAAGUUUUAUUUCAGACUUAAAGGGUGGACUGGUUUAAAGUCAACGCAGUUCACGUAUCCAUGAUGUUUAUUUUUUCCGUUGCGUUUAAAGACAAAACGUAACAAUGUCUAGAAAGAAUGGGAAACAUAGUUUAAAGGUAUGAUCUUUCAGGAAAAAAUUACAAUUAAAACUAAAUCUAUUUUAUUGGGGUAUACAUUAUUCAGAUAGAGAUAACACACAUGCUAAACAUUUAAAAAAAUACCACCAAUCAGAUGGAUUAAUUCUUACGAUUUUCUUUUUUGCAUGUGAAUGCACCACAAUCCUUUCCGUCCUCUCUCGUGGUGUUUAGU